GCCCCGGGGCGGCAGGGGCCCGGGCGCGGGGGCUGGCACGGGGCCGGGCCAGGGCUGGGAAAAAUGGAAAGUUGGAGGAGGCGCAAACUUUUUUUCCGCCGUGGACGUGUCCCGUUUUUGUCGUUAUUUUGAGGUGCAGCGUGUGCCUGGGGCUGCCCCGGGGCCGUGUGGCCAGGGCGGAGCCUGCACGGGGCGGGGCGAGGGUGUGGGCCCGUGCUGGGGCUGGACCAGUGGCGGGGCAGGAGUUGGCCUCACUUUCCCUGGCCUGGCGGGGGCUGGCCAGGCCACCUGGCCCCUGUACGGCUGUUGUCAAGGGGCCCCGGGGCGGGGGGCGGGGCUGUCACCCGUGGCCAGGGGCACAGAAGGACUGUCACAGGUUUCUGGGGCUGUCACACAGAACUGUCACCCUUUUCUCCUGUGGCUGCAGUGGUUGUCACCCGCUUUCAAUGCUGGCCUAGGAGCAGCCUGCAGCCACCGCUGGGCCAGCACGGCUGUAAUACUGUGUGCACUGAGGUGGUGCUUCCCCUCAAGCCCCGGGUCACUUAAUGGGUUAAGUUUCAGUAAAAUUCGCUCAUGGAUUUCACAGACGCAACUAUUUAUUUUUUCCGGCAUACUGCUGUAUUUUUUCUUUAGAAUCUGAUAACCCUUUCCAUUAUAUAAAUUUUUUCCACCCUCCAUAUCUGUAGAAGACAGCAGUUUUUGAUAGAAACUUUUUCAUAUUAAGAAGGUGCAGACCAACAUCAAAUGAAUUAAAACAAGAAGAAAAAAAUGCCUGGAGUGUGCUGGUCCUUGUGAAUCAUGGAAAAAAAUUGGGCUGCGGGAUGAGUGGGCUGCGUCGGCUGCAGGUGAGGGAGCUGAACUCCAACCUGCUGUGCACCCUGUGUGGUGGCUACUAUGUGGACGCCACCACCAUCGUCGAGUGCCUCCACUCCUUUUGCAAGACCUGCAUUGUCCGCUAUCUGGAGUCGAGCAAGUUCUGUCCAAUUUGCGAUGUCCAAGUGCACAAGACCAAGCCUCUGCUCAGCAUCCGGCCAGACAAGACACUGCAAGACAUUGUGUACAAGCUGGUGCCGGGACUUUAUCCAAAUGAGAUGUGUAAGAGGCGAGAAUUCUACUCAAACCACCCUGACACUCUUCCGGCCUCAGCGGAGGACGGGGGCAGUGACCUAGGGAGAUGCUACACCCUGCCUGAUGACCCUGUAUCCCUGGCCCUCUUCCCUGCACCCCCCUCCUCUCCCUCCCACUCCCUCACCAGCCCUCCGCACCACCCAGGGUACAGGAACCAUGUCCAUGCAUCUCCCGCCACCCCCAAGACUCAGGCACGCUCCUUUCCACAGAAUUCCCAAGAAAACAGAGUCCGCUACCUGCAGUGCCCGGCCGGGGUGAGUGUGGCACAGCUCAAGCGCCUCAUCAGGGCCAAGUUUGGUGUCGGUCCGGCCCACCCCAUGGCCCUGCUCACCACCACCUGCGAUGACCCCCUCCACGACUCCCUCACGCUGGUGGAUGUCGCCUACAUCACCUCCUGGCAGCGGACUGAGCCGCUCCAGCUGCUCUACCGUAUCUAUGAGAAGGCCAGCAAGAAAAUCAAGCUGGACCCCGAGGUGUGUGUGGUGGACACUCCUGGCUCCUGUGAGGACAUGCCCAAACUGGAGCCCAGUGUGGGCACCGGGGCGCCAGUGUGUACACCACCUCAUAGUGCUGGCACUGACUACAGCACCGCUCCUCUCCUUCAGGCAGUGGGACCCCUCGGCUCCCCGGCAGAACCAAAACCUCGAAAUAGUGAUGUGAGCAUAGCCUUGGAGCGGCCCACCAAGCUUAGUGAGGGGCCGGCCACCACCAGCCACCGGGAGUCUCCGGCUGUGAGUGUGUCAAGGGCUACCGGGGUGGCAGUGGAGGCCCCGCUCAAGGACUCUCAAGUGAUACAAAAUUGUGAUGCACUCUUAGGAAUGACACAGGGUAUGGCUGGGGCCACGGUGGGCCAGGCCGGGGCGGUGGAGCCGGUUGUGACGUAUCCGGGGGUGUUUGCAGCCCCCAGUAAUGGGGUGAGUGUUGGGGUGGCACUGGUGCCUGGCGAGCUGGGUCUGUUGGCGCCCAGCACUGUUACAUGUGCAAUAAUCCCAGGUGCUGCUGCUGCCCUCCCUGUGCUGUGUGGGUCUGGAGGGGAGUGGGGUGUGCCAGGGCCUCAGGCAGGAGGCCCAGUGCUGGCUGCGGCUGCGGCACCUGCAGUAACGACAGUAGCGGCAGCAGUAGCAGCGGCAACAGCAGCAGCGGCAGGAGGAGAGAGGGGACCACAAGUGCCUGGAGUGUCUGGAGGCUCCUGCAAGAAUGGGGUUUCUGGCAGAGAGGAGGAAGAAGGGGAGGAGGUUCAGCUUAAGAUAAGUGAGUCUGGUGUGAUGAGUGUGUGUGGGAAGGACACCACUGUUGAGGGCGUCCUCAACUCCCUGGAGUCUGAGGCCGGGGAGCUGCUGUCCAAGAUAGAGAGUGGCUCCUUGGGGGAGGAGUUCCCCUCCAUAAGCUGCCCCAAGAACAGUGAAAGGAAGAAGUCCAAAGCCAGAGCUGGAGCAGGCCAAGGCAGAGGGGUUGCCAAGCCUGGGGAUGGAGGCGACAAGGGCCAGACCCCUCACAAGGGUGACAAAACACAGUCCUUACCAGGGAAGACCAUAGAAGUGGACAGCAUGCAGCCAGCCCUGACUCCAUCAAGGAGGAGCUCUGCUGAUGCCAUCACUGCUACCACCGCCACCAUCACCGCCACUACACCCACUACCACCACCACCACCACCAGCCUGGAGGGGAGCAUCAAUGGGGAGAAGGAGGAGGCUGCAGCUGGUGUGGAGGUCAAGGAGGAGAUUAAAGAGGAGGGCCUUAAGAGUAGCCGUGCCAGCCACAUCCCUGCCAGCCUUGCGGCAGCCAGCUUAGCCAACCUUAACAAGCCCCUCUUCAAGGCAGGGUCCUCUAAGGCACAGCAGCAGCAGCAUGUAGAGGACAAGAACAAGGAGCAGAAGCUGAGCACCAAUGGCAUGAGUGUCAAGAAGGAGGCGCGGCCCGAGUCACGGUGCUCAGCAGGGGGUGGUGCUGGUUCUGGUGGUGGUGGUGGUGGAGGGGCAGGUGCUGGUACUGGGAGUGGUGGUGGUGCUGGCAGUGGCAGUGCUGGUGGUGGCGGGUGCCGGCGCACUUCACACUCCUACGGCUACAAGACGCUCAAGACUCCCCCCAAGAGCUGGAACCCCACCAUCUCCCGGGAGCACCUGGCUGCCGGCAAGUCCCUGGCCGGCAAGAGCCCCAAGGACCCGCCCCGCCCCAACAAGUUCUUCAAGGCACGGAACCGACCAGCCUUGGCAGAGACACACAGCACAGCCGGCCCCCCACGGCAAAGUGCUGGGAUGGUCCUCAAGAUUGACCCGAAGACACUGGGCACUAUCAGUGUCCCGACCCGGGUUGAGGCCGGGGCUGCCCCCACCACCAUGCAAUCUCCGUCUCCUGCCAUGCUGCCCACCUCACUGGUGACUGCUCCACCACAGGCCCCAGUAGUGACUGGAGCAUCAGCCCCACAGGAUGACAAGGUCAAGGGACAGCGAGGGGUAGGGGCAGCAGUGGUGUCAGGCAGUGUGGAGGUGCCAUCCUCAUCCCUGAAGAGGAAAGUGGAACUCACCACCACCACCACCUCCAUCACCACUGGUGUCACCACCCUGCCCACACCACCUGAGGCCAAGGAAAGUACAAAUCACAGUGCAAAGCUUAUUGGAACCACCACUAUACAAGACAAUAAUACUCCAAGUAAGAAUGUUAGUGAUAAUAACAAAAAUAACAAUAAUAAUAAUAAUAAUAAUAAUAAUAACAACAACAACAGUAACAGUAACAAUAUUAGUACCACCACCCCCACCACCAAGUCCAGCAAGAGUGGCAAGCUUGUGGGCAGCAGCAACACUAAUGUUAACACAGACAGAACCAUGAAGCUGCAGAGCGUUCAGACCCAGGCAAGCAUCGGCAAGAGUGAGGCAGGCAUGUCUGGCAGCACCACCAAGGCCGCCACGGUGGGCGCCGGGGUCAUGGGGGCCAGCACUCUACCUUGCCCCAUGCCCAUGUCCACCACCUCACACUCCACCCCUCUGAGAGUGGUUCCUGCCUCCUCCUCCUCCACUUCCACCUCCUCUUGCAUCACACCACAGCUCCCGCUACACACCAUGAGUGGCCUGGCCUUGUCCCACCUUCAGUUGCAGCCCCAGCCCCUCCUUCAAGCCCAGCACCACCUCCAGACCCAGUCCCAACACCAGCCCCAACACCAGACCCAGCCUCAGCUUCUGCCCCAGCCCCAGCCUCCAUCUCAGCACCAGCCACAGUUGCAGUUGCAGUCCCAUCAGCAGCACCAAUCUCAGAUUCAACUCCAAUCCCAGCCUCAGGCUCAGCUGCAGUCCCAGCAACAAGUCCAGCCCCAAGUCCAGCCCCAGCCUCAUACUCAGUCUCAGGGUCAGUCCCAGGCCCAGGCUCAACCCCAGCAGCAGCUUGCCAUAGGCUCUCCUGCCAUUGGGAUAAUCCCAUCUAGUAGUGUGUCCUUCACAGGGGCCAUUGGCACCCUGCCUCUGCCUUACUACUCCAGCCCUCCCCUGGGCUACCCCACCUACCCCUACUUCUACCAGACCCCAGACACCAUCGGCCUCAUGCCCCACCACAACUUCUUCUCCACCUGCCUACCCCCUCGCUCCCCCCUCAGCUCCCGCUCCAUCGGGGGACCCAAGAUGAUUCCUGAGAUGCCGUUGCAGCUUCCCAUGAUGCCCAUAGUGUCUCAGGGCCCCAGCCAGGCCCUGUCGCCCCGCCCAAUGACGCCACCAUCACCAAGGACCCCAACUCCCUCCCAGCCUCCACGUCCUUACCCCCCUCAGUCCCCCCGGCUGUCCUCCGCAAACACAUCCUCAAGGCCCCACACACCACAGUCCCCCAAGCCCCUGGCUCCAGCCCACACCCCAAAAGCCCUUGCUCCAUCACAGUCCCCUAAGCACUUUGCCACAACGCAGUCCUCCAAGUCUCACUCCCCAGCACAGUCAUCCAAACCCCCUACCUCUGUCCAGUCCUUCCCCCUCACCCCAGUGCAAGCACAGUCCCCCAGACCCCCAGCUACAACUCAGUCCCAGAAGCCUUUUGCCCCAACACAGUCGCUUAAACCCCCUGGCCCCACACAGCCCUCAAAGCCUGGCCCAGCACAGCCUCAGUCACCCAGGCCCCUUGCUCCGGCACAGUCUCCUAAACACCCUGGCCCGGCACAGUCCCCCAAACACCCCGGCCCGGCACAGUCCCCCAGGCCAGCCCCAGCACAGUCCCCCAGGCCAGCCCCUGCACAGUCCCCCAGACCAACCCCAGCACAGUCCCCCAAGCCUCUUGUCUCGGCACCAUCUCCAAGACCUGGCCCAACAGAGUCAUCAAGGUCUGCUGCCCUAGGAGAGGCUCCAAGACCUCCUACCCCAGCACAGUCCCCAAGACCUGCCCCAGCACCAUCACCCAAGCAUCCUGCCCCAGCACAGUCCCCCAGACCUCCUACCCCAGCACAGUCCCCAAGACCUGCUCCAGCACCAUCACCCACCUCUGCCACAGCACAGACCCCCAGGCCUCCCACCCCAGCACAAUCCCCCAGGCCCACAUUAGGAGAGCUAUCCAGACCUGCUGGCCAUGCACCAUCCCCAAGACCUACCCCAGCACCAUCACCCGGCUCUGCCCCAGCACAGCCCCCCAGACCUGCUACUUCAGCACAGCCCCCCAGACCUCCCACCCCAGGACACUCCCCCAUGCCUGCCUCCCCAGGACAGUCUCCUAGGCCUGCUACUCCAGCACAGCCCCCUGGGCCUGCCCCAGCACAACCCCCAGGGCCUGCCCCAGUACAGCCCCCUGGACCUACCCCAGCACAGCCCCCUGGGCCUGCCCCAGCACAACCCCCAGGGCCUGCCCCAGUACAGCCCCCUGGACCUACCCCAGCACAGUCCCCUGUGCCUGCCCCAGCACCAUCAUCCAGCUCUGCCUCAGCACAGGCUCCUGGGCCUGCUACCCAGGCACAGUCUCCUAAACCUGCCAUAGCAGAGUCAUCUCGACCUUCCGGCCCAGUGCCAUCCCCUAAGCCUGCCCCAGCACAAUCUCCAGGACCUGCCCCAGCACUGUCCCCCAGGCCUAGUCAGGCACAGUCCCCAAGACCUGCCCCAGCACCAUCCCCCAAGCCUUCUACCCAAGCACAGUCCCCCAGGCCUGCUCCACCACAGUCCCCUAGGCCUGCCCCAGCACAGUCCCCCAGCUCUGCCCCUGCACAGUCCCCUAGGCCUCCUACCCAAGCACAUUCCCCGAGGCCCACUCCAGCACAGUCCCCAAAGCCUACCCCAACACAAUCACCAAAGCCAGCUCCAACACAGUCCAGGCCUCCAACCCCAGCACAGUCCCUCAGCUCUGCCCCGGUACAGUCCCCCAGGCCGGUCCCAACACAGUCCCUUAACUCUGCUGUAGCACAGUCCCCAAGCUGUGGUCCAACACAGUCCCCCAGGCCUCAUACCCCAUCACAGUCCCCCAGGCCUCAUACCCCAUCACAGUCCCCCAGACCUCAUACCCCAGCACAGUCCCCAAGGCCUCAUACCCCCGCACAGUCCCCCAGGCCUGCCUCAGCACAGUCCCCAAGGCCUGGCCCAGCACAAUCUCCAAGCUCUACCCCACCUCAGUCCUCCAAAACUACCCCAGCAGAGUCUCCUAGAGCUCCCCCAGGACAGUCGCCCAGCUCUGUCCGUGUGCAGUCUCCCAAAGCUUCUCCAGCAGAGCUCACACCUCCCCCAGCACAGCUCCCCAGCCCUGCCCCAGCACAGUCUCCCAAGCAGUGCUUUGAACAGACAGUAGCUACUCAGCCCCAGCCUCCUAGACUCCUCAGCACCCCAGCCACCUCUGACAGACAAGCCUCCACCUCCACCUCCACAUUAUUAUCACCAUCUUCAUCUUCAUUGCCAAGUCACACGGAGAUGUCACAACAAAUGGCUUCUCUCCUCAGUUCUGCCCCUCAAGGGCCAGGGGUGGCAGGUUCUGCAAGCUCAGUAUAUCCACAGAAUUCUCUCAGCAAACUAAAUGCCUGUGUACAGGUACCGGCCUCCCAUUCCUCUGUCACAACUAAGGCCUUUGAUAACUCCUUUAAUAGCUCUAAACCUCUUUUGCCAGUGUCAACAAAACUUACCACCAAUUACCAGUUUACUUCAUGCAAUAUGGCUGUUACAACAGCUUGUCUCCAGGGCACUGUGCCUCAAGUUUCACAGUCCCCCAAGUCUUCAAGACUACAGGGUUCACAGUCACAUGGACCCUUCACUUCAGUUCAGCCCAUGGGCUUGCAAUCGCAAGUUAGAGACAGAUUCCCUCUGCUGGAUCCUCAGCAGCUGUCACAUCAGGGAGCUGCCUUGGGCUCCAAACCUGAGUUGAGGAAAAACAUUACUGCAGACAAGAUGGAUGGACCAAGACCGAGUCAGGGCAAUGCAGACAGCGUGGGGCACGUGCCCAGCACCAUCCCCAUGUCCUUCAUGGUCUCACCAGUAUUCCCAACCGUGUCUGUGCCUGACAAAGGGCUGAAUGCUGCGCCAGCUACUAACUUUUGCAGUGGCUAUUAUCCCCAAGGCCUCCAUAUGUCCUUCCCCAACUGCAACUCAUUGUUCACAGACAGUAUUAAGACAAGUCCGCACAUGAGUCUGGCUGGUCCACUGGUAGCUGGCACAACCCUGUGCUCAUCCUUUCCCUACCCCAACACCUCCCUGGUCAGCCUGCCCAUGCCUCUGGCCAGCGUGGCGACUGUCACGGCCCUUCCCACCCUCACUUCAUCUCCUUCCGUGUCUGUCCCCAGCUUGUCUUCUUUUAGUUCUCUCCCCACCUCACUACCCUCCAGUCUAGCCUCCUCACCUCCCACCCUCAGUAGUGCCUCCCCGCUGCCUGCAUCAUCAGCAGACGGCAGUAAAAAGACAGCCCAUGUUGCAAAUGUUAGUGAUAGGCUGGCCUCAGCAGUUCCCUCCAGCUGCAGCAGUGUUGUUAGUCUAGUGCCCAUUACCACAACAGUUGCUGAGACAGUCUCCAGUAAUGCAACAAGUAUUGUUACCAUACCUGUAAAUACCCCUGCAGCAACAUCUUCAUCCACUACAAAUGCGGAAGCCUUACUCUCGCGUUGCAGCCCGGCGCCUGCAGCAUUGCCUGUGAUCAGUUCGGGCCCUACAGUGGUGGGGAGCUCCACCGCACCCGUGAGUGCUGCGGCGGCCACUGUGGUGCCGCCCGAUAGUGUUGUCGGUGCCACAGUCACAGAACAGAGUGCUGCUAAUUCACUUCAGAAAAGUGUCCGUAGUUGUGCUGUGGCUGUGAGCAGCAUGGCUAGCACAGCUUCCUCCAUUGUAGGUGCCAGAACCUCCCCAGUGACUGCCUGCUCUGGCGAGAACACUCAGAGAGGGAGCUCGGCGGCCACUGCCCCCCAAGGGAAGGGUGGCGGCCAUGGUGGUGACCCAGACAGCAGCAGUGUCAGAAUACCGCUGCGGGCUGAAGCUGCCACUGUACCAGGGAGCACCAGCAGCAGUUCCAGUGCCAUUAACAUCAACAGUGGCAGUGUCUGUAGCAUUGCCAGUAACAGCACCAGUGGCAGCAGCAGCAGUGUUGGCACCACCACCACCACCACCCCCGUGACUGGCACUGCAGCCAGUGGCCCGUCACCCAGCACUGCAGGAGCCAUGGUGGUGGCCAAGAAGGAAGUGGUCCCCCUUCCCCCGCUCAGUGGCUGCCCCUCCCUCCGUGGCUCAGUGGGUGAACACUCAGUUUUGAAUGUGAUGGAGAGUGGUGGCUGUGAGCCCCAGUCAAGUGCCUGUAUCCCCGUCUGUGAUGUGACACAUGUGAUUGAUGCCAAACAGCAGUGUGCUGAGCCAAGUGUCAGCAGCAGUGGUGGCCCUAGGCCAUGCCUCAAGAGUUAAAUGUUUCACAGUUUAGGGCACCCAGGCUACUGGCUGCCACAGAUAUAUAUAUAUAUAUAUAUAACUUAUAUAUAAGUGUAUGAAAAUAUUCAGUGUACUCAACAUGCCAUUUAUUUUGUAAAUUUUAAAAUCACAAGUAUAAUUUUAUCAGUGUGUUUAAAACACUCAUCAAUCACUUAAAAAGUUGUAGUUAGGGAUACAUUUGUUAUUUUCACGAUACGAUGCCUUCCCGUUCUGUACUGUUGACGCUGGAGUGGCUGUCCUGACGAGCUUGUCUUGUCAUCCGGGGAAAAUGUGUUUUACCAUUUCAUUGGUUGGUGAAAGUGAAAUUUCUUUUUCUAAAACUUUAAUAUUUAGAUUUUUAACAACAGGCCACCACUACAUAAUCCUUUUGCCUGUCCUGUUUUCCAGAUAUUGCUGCCUGAAGCAGUGAAGAUAUUAUUUCAGUACUCUGUCAAGACUGGAGUUCUGUUGUUGAAAGAGUUUGUCUUGUUCAGACUGCAAUUGACCAUUAAUAAGUUCAUUGUUCCAAGUACAAAAUUAGUGAGGAAGACGUGAUGCAAGUGUGUGCUGACAGGACGUGGUGUCGGCCAGCCGUGGGCGUGGUAUCAGAGCCUCCCUUUGCAAGAGACUCAGAGAUUUUGUCUAAUAGCAUCUCUUUUAUAUUGGUUGUCUUGUGUCUGUCACUUUAUAUAUAGUGUGACUUACUGGAGUGUCCUUAUCAAUUUUAGCACGAACUUGGUGCUGGUGUUGCCUGCCGGCACCAGCGACCCAAUACUUACUAGCUUUAACACAGUGUGGCGGCUGCCCCGCCCACGUGACUCUACUACUUGAGAUUGCUUCUUUACUGUAUAGAUGAAUGAGUGACUCCAUGAUUUUCUGUAUUAUAUUACACAGCAUGAAGGUGUGUGUGAAGGGAAGGUCACUGCAUUAGCAACCGCUUGAUAUAUAUCAUCAUCGGCAGCAGUAGCAUUCGGUGGCCUUCUCCUCUCACCACCACCACCACCACCACCACUACUACUACUACUACUCACAGUCUGGCUUACUUUGUGAAAUACUUUUAUUUUUACAUGACAAGAAGGUGAUAUUGUACCUAUUGUAGCAACAACUUGUGAAACACUGUGUGGAUGCUGCCCUCCCUACUUACUCCACAGCCCCCAAAGAGACGUCAAGACCUUUCCCUCCACCGCACCGCCACCAUCACCACUGUGUCUGUGGCUUACUUGAUGGUUACUUCUCUCCCCCACCUGACCAGUCGCUUGUCUCCUUGUCCUUCCUUCCCUCUAGCGGUCAGUGCCCUUAUGAACGCCUCUCUUCUCUUCUUGUUCCCCGUCUAGUGUAUGCAAGUGAACUUUUUGAAUCUACCUACAGCUUUGAGAAUUAGAAGAGGACAUAGUAGCUUUUAAAGAUAUUGUAUGCUGUUGACUUGAAUUUCCCGUUACUCUACUUCAUUUGUGUUUAGGUACGCGCAUCUUCUCCCAAACGUUAUUGUUGCUUUGCCGAUCAACUCAACCUCCCGUGAACACUGUUACCUCUUAUUUCACUCCUUGGUUUCACUUCCAUGUUUUUGUGUUUUGUGUGUAAGGGUGUAGAUGAGCGAUGAUGGAAAUUUCUCAGUGGAUGUAAUUUCUAUUGUUUAUUCAUUUAUUUAUUUUUCCUGUUGUCAGUGCGUUAAUGUAUGAAGGUAUGAAAAUGGCGUGAAUAUUUCCACGUUCUCCUGCUUAAGCCGUCCUCUUGUCAAGGUAGAGAGUCAGGAUGAGGUGGAAAUCAUGGUGGAUUGUAUAUUAAUUCUUUUUGUUGUAGGCUUUCAGAUUGGUCAGCACACACACACACACACACACACACACACACACACGUAGGAUCUGUUUGCCAAAUGCUAGGAAAGGAUGUGGGUGUUUAGUCAGGCUCAGUCUAUUUGUUAACCCUUCAUGGCUGUGGCCUAGGCAGCGCUCCCUCCCUCGGUACAUAGCUGCUCCUCAUGCCUACCUAAGGAAUGUUGUUAUUCCAGGCUUUCUUUUCUCAUUUGUUUGGUUGAGAGUAACAUUGCAUCACACACAACACAGCGCACAGGCUUCCAGGUAUUUUUUUGUCUUUCAUGCUUGUCGUAUUGCAUUUAAUGGACUUUGGUUUACUUAUGCAUUUAUCUCACUUGUGUGUCACCUUUUAUUGUAAGAAAAUUUCCUUCUUCAACAUAGGGCGAAAGAGGGACUGAUGCACAUGGCAGCUGUUUUUUAUUAUAACACAUUUUACUUCUUAUAUAACAUUCACUCUUCUGAUGCUCACUGUCAUUAGUACAUAUAACAAGCACUGCUUAUUUAGGAGGGUUGUUGCAGGAUGCUCUUCUGUUGUGACAAAAUUUACUCACUGUUUUCGUUGAGGGGAAACAGACUUGGGCUGUUGCUUUAGCUUCAAGUCUCACUGAAAUUACCUUAGAAUUUUAAUGCUAAAGGAAGACAGAAUAUGUAUGGAAUUUUAAUGAGAAAGGCAAAUGGAAUAGAUAUGGAAUUUUAACAAGAAAGGCAGGCGGAAUAAUGUGGAAUUUUAGUGAGAAGGAAGACGGAAUAGAUGUAGAAUUUUAGUGAGAGAGGCAGAUGGAGUAGAUAUGGAAUUUCAAGAAGGGUAGAUGGAAUAGGUAUGGAAUUUCAAUGAGGAAGGCAAACAGAUUUAAUAUAAAAGUACAUUAGCUCAUUUUUUGUCAAACGUGAAACAUGGCAACAUUUGGACUGUCUCUCAUGGGCUUCUAAUGUUUUAGGUUUGUUUGUCUUUGAACUUCAAGGAGAAAAAAAUAUCAUCAUCAUCAUCAUCAUCGUUUAACGUCCAUUUAUUCCCUAUGGUGGGGUUGGACGGGAUAUGAGCCUCCUCCACUGUUACCGGUCUGAAGGAGAAAAAAAUAUGUGAUUGAAAAUUCACCUUCCCUGCUUUUCCAAUUAAAUGCUUUGCUAUUUAAUGUUAGAUAGUGCUGAUGACUAGUCUUUUAUUCUUAUCUUAUUUGCUUUUAUUUUAUUUAAGCUUCUCCCUUGUUACUUUUGUUUGGAGAAGGACACUGGGCUAACAAAAGGGAAUGAAUCUGUAGGAUACUCUAUCAUACCAUCGGGAAUUUGCUAGGAAGAAAGCCCUGUUCUAAUCUUGUUUGCUUUUAUUAUAUUUAAACUUCACCGUUGCUACUUCUGUUUGAGAAAGUCUGCACUAACGCGAAGGAAGGAAUCUGUACGUUGCUUGCUCCAUAUUACGUGUACUAUUCUGGACUUGGCUAGGAAGAAAGACACUAUGUUAAUAUUAGGGAGGAAAACUGUAGGUUGCUCGAUUGGCUUUUGUUAGGGAGACAGACGUUGCACCAUUAUAAGGGAGGAACACUGUGCCGAGGUUGUUUUCCUGAAGGGAAGACGGGGUUUGAGGCAGGAUUCUUUUUAUAUAGGACUUACUGACCUGUGCAACUCCCAAGCAUUUGAAACUUAUCUCUCCUGCAUUUGUUUGUUGAUGUUUAUGUUAUGAGGGGUAGGGCAGCUGUGAAUGUUUUUGUGUCUUGCUAAACUUAAUGAUUGAAGGACCACUGCACCACACUAACAACACUACACCUCACCACAUCACCACACUACAACACUUCACCACACUACAACACUUCACACCACACCACAUCGCCACACCAUUUCACCUCUCAUAACUUAGUGAAGGAUCACACCACACCACUUCACCAUAUCACACCACCACAGCACACCAUGUCACCACUCAAAACUGAAUGAAGGACACCACAUCCCACCUCAUACCAGUCUCACCACACCACAGCUCACAACCACAUUAUUUCACCACACCACAUAGCACCGCUCCUCACCUAGCCACAUCACACACAUACACACACCACAUCACCUCACCACACUAUUUCACCUCACUGCCUCUCCACAUCACCAUACUUACUGCCUCGCCUCACUGCAUCAAACCGCACCUGACCUAACCUACAGUACUUCACAUCAUACCCACCACAUAUCACACACAUAGCCUUUACCCUCUCGUCCCUCUCUCGGCUAGUGAUGUGAACAGUCUCGGAAUCUCAGCAUCAUCAGGACAGCUUUUAUUGAGUCGGCUUAUUUUUGUUUGGGUGGACCUGACCUUUGUGUAUCUUGCUAUGUUGCUCCUCUUCCUCAUUUUCUCUCCUGUUCAUUUUGUCAUCUUGUUUAUCUCUUGACUCCGGUAUUUACUGCUUAGUUUACAUUCCUCUCUUCGUCUUCUGCUUUCUCUCUUCUGCUUCUGUUUCCCCUUUUUCUGCUGUCUCCUUUUCUCCUUUAUUUACUUUCUCCUUUCUCCUUUUGCUCCCUUUCUACUUUUUGUACUGUCUUCUCCUCUCCCUUUUCUCUCCCCUUUUCUCCUUUUUCUCUCCCCCAUUUCUCCUUUUUCUCUCCCCAUUUCUCCUUUUUCUCUCCCCAUUUCUCCUUUUUCUCUCCCCAUUUCUCCUUUUUCUCUCCCCAUUUCUCCUUUUUCUCUCCCCAUUUCUCCUUUUUCUCCUUUUUCCCCAUUUCUUCCUUUUUCUUCUCCCCAUUUCUCCUUUUUCUUCUCCCCAUUUCUCCUUUUUCUUCUCCCCAUUUCUCCUUUUUCUCCCCAUUUCUCCUUUUUCCCCAUUUCUCAUUUUUCUCUCCCCAUUUCUCCUUUUUCUCCCCAUUUCUCCUUUUUCUCUCCCCAUUUCUCCUUUUUCUCUCCCCAUUUCUCCUUUUUCUCUCCCCAUUUCUCAUUUUUAUCUCCCCAUUUCUCCUUUUUCUCUCCCCAUUUCUCCUUUUUCUCUCCCCAUUUCUCCUUUUUCUCCCCAUUUCUCCCUUUUCUCUCCCCAUUUCUCCUUUUUCUUCUCCUUUUUCUCUCCCCAUUUCUCUUUUUUCUUCUCCUUUUUCUACUGUCUUCUCCUUUCCUCUCUUUUCUACUUCCCUCCUCUUUCUAAUUUCUCUUCUAUUUUCUCCUUACUCCUAUUUUUCCUUCCUCCACAUUCUACAUUGCAGCUUCUCAUUUAUGGCUUACGCUUAAUACUAUAGUACUUGCUUUUUCUCACUUUCUCUGCUGAUGUUAUGAAUUCAGUUCAGUUCACCGUCACUCAGGUUCAUUUUGCCCUUUUUUUAUGCGUGUUUUGAUAUGAAAUGUGAUGUGAUGUUCUUUUUUUUACUUAUAUAUUUGUUUAUUUUUUAUUUCUUGGCACCUGUUUUUUUUUUGUCUGUACCUGGUGGAAAAUUAUAUAGUAUCCCUUUUAUUCUCUUUUUAUCAUUAUUUUAUUACUUAUUUUUUCAUUUUUCUCAUUAGUAUUCAAGUUCUGUGUUUUCGAUCUCCCUCUACUCCCUAUCUUGUUUUGUGUUUCAUAUUAUUGUUUCUAAUUAUUAUUCAACUUUUUUGUUUUGAUGUGCUGCAUGUUUUCGUUAUUAUCUGCGUCAUUAUCAUCAUCAUUAUUAUUCAUGUCCGCACUGUCAUUCUCAUUGUCCUCUACUCAUGCAGUUUCCAGGUUUCCAUGCUUCCUUGCCGCCUCAGUCAUAGCCAGCAUACCCUUCUUUUUAUAUCUCUUAUCCUAUUCAUUAUUCACUAUUAUACAUUCACUUCAGCUUUAGUGUUGAAACAUAACAAAAAUAAUAGGAACUUGACACGAGGCAUGUUGUGAGGAAGAUCCCGCUUGCCUUCAUUAUAAAACACAUCACACACCCGCGCUCAGCCACUCGUGCUGUGACACAUAACACUCAUCUCAUCACUCACCCUCCCUAUGCUGCAGCUGCUGUAGUGACUUUAUUGUAUACGCUUGUACAUUAAGGUUAUGUUGUUUACGCUCUUUCAAGUCAAUCAUCGCAUAAGAUAGUGUGAGGUAGAGAAGAGAUUAAUGUCAUCAUAUAAUCAUCAUUUGACUUCUUAAUUAUUGAUCUUGUUCCAAUCUUUCAAGUCAAUCAUUGCAUAAGCUAGAGAGAGGUAGAUAGAGAAGAGGGUAAUGCCAUCAUAUUAUCGUUUUACUUGUUAAUCAUUGAAGUUUAUUGUUGCAGAAGCUAGAGAGAUAGAGAGAAGACAGAAAGGCAAAGUUAAACAAACCAGCAGACUGUCACACCUAUGUUGACCACCAUGAGAUAAUCUUAAUCACAGGAGCUUAUCAUUGCAGAAGUGAUGGAGAUAGAAAGAGGACAGACGGGCAAAAAAGAUAGACAGACAUGCAGACUAUCACACAUAUUUUAUCAUCAUAUGAGGUAAUCUUAAUCAUUUGAGUUUAUCACACAUAUAUUAGACCAUCUUAUGAGGAAUUAUUAAUCAUUCAAGUUGCCCAUUACAGACAAGCAGGCAUGGCAGUAGUAUUUUUGUCUAUACCUAUAACUGUAAUUGUUUCAGGUGACUGUUGCAAAACUUAGCAUGAGGAAGAUACAUCAGAAGACAGACAGAAUCGUCAUAGUUCGUUUGUGUGUAUACCUAAAAUUCUGAUUGUUUCAGGUGACCAUUGUAAAAACUAGCAUGAAGGAUCUACAACAGAGAACAGACAGGAAAAGAUUAGUUUGUCUCUAUAUCCAGAACAAUGUUUCAGGUGGCCAUUGCAAAAAGUAGCAUGAGGGAGAUACAACAGAGGACAGGCAGGCAGGGAAGCAGACAGGCAGGCAGGCAGGCAGACAGACCAGCAGGCUUUCUAUCUCUAUCUAUACCCAGCAGAGCCCCGCUGCUGCCCUGUCCCAUCCCAUCUCGGCUCAAAGCAAGAGUAACAAGGGAGUGUCAGGUAACCAAAAGGGGGGAGUGUGUUUCUUUGGUUGGUCCGUACUUAAUGCGUAUUACUAGGCUUAUGAUGUGUGCCGGCGACGCUGCACUGGAAGAGGCGAAUGUCAAUCAGUAUAUAUUAGUAUUUUAUUUGAUAUUCAUUAAUAGAGUUUUUAUCGUGUCAUUAAAUUCACUAUACGACGAAGAGAGAUUUUUAAAGACUACAGUUUUUAUGGUGCAUGUUAGUUACAGAGUUAAGAUUAUUAUUAUUAUUAUCAUUAUUAUUAUUAUUGUUUGAUUAUUAUUGUCAUUAUUUUUUUAUGAUUACACAAGGUGGAUGGCACUUGUGAUGUGAUUUUGAGAGGUGAAUGAGUGUGUGCCUGUGUGUGUGUGUGUGUGUGUGUGUGUGUGAAUUCUCUCUGUACCUGUUUUUUGCUGUUGGACUUGUGUUACAUUUUUUACAUCCAGAGUCUAUGUUUAAUUUUAUGUAUAUGUCAUGUGUACAGCUAUUCAAAUUUUGCUUUUAAUACUAUGUCAUUGCAGUACAAGUGUGUCUCUUUCCCACCCACCCAAUGACUCGGCCAUUCAACCAAUUAGUGUGUGUGUGUGUGUGUGUGACCAGGCAUCUGAGAGGGCUGAUUGAAAACCAGGCAAUAAGAGAGUGAGAGAGAGAGAGAGAGAGAGAGAGAGAGAGAGAGAGAGAGAGAGAGAGAGAGAGAGAGAGAGAGAGAGAGAGAGAGAGAGAGAGAAUCAAUCAACUGAGGAAGAAGAUAGAGAACCAAACAACAAAGGAGAGAGAGAGAGAGAGAGAGAGAGAGAGAGAGAGAGAGAGAGAGAGAGAGAGAGAGAGAGAGAGAGAGAGA